GUGAGGGGCAGCACAUGAGCACAAGCCCAAUACUGUUCAGUACAAGAGAAGAAAACAGGUUAGGAAGCUUGUAAUGGUUUUAUUGAAACUAUAAUCUCUGUCAUCAAAAACAGCAGCAGGAGAAUAAUGUCGUUGUUGGAGUCUGAGGUCGUCUCUGUUUUGGAGACGCUUGUAAAGGCAACGGUAAAAGAAAUGACUAAGUUCGUGGACAUAUCAGGCAUAUCUCCACUGACAGAAACUAACGUUACAGCAAACAAGUCUGCCACCCCAGACUUUGCAACCCACCUGAACUGUGUGUUAGAACGUAACGCAAAGGAAGCUGUGGGGAAAAUAUGCCAGCUUUUCUCUGCACUUCAGCAUCUUGAAACAAGUCAGAGUGCACAGGAUGGCUUGAAAACAAGACCAAAGCAAGUUGAGAAACGGCAGAAGACUCUACAGGGAGAGACUCAUCUAACCGACGAUGCUCUCCUCACAAGUGAGUCCAGUGACCAGCUUACUCUAGUCUCUGGGGAGAACAUCGAUGUGAGUUGGGCACAGGAGGAGAUUAUAGAGACUGAGCAUGUGAAAACAAUUCAGGGCUGCUGAAAAAGUGGUUCCUAUUGUACUUUAUACAAGAGCCCACUCAAACACAGAAGACGGUGAUCAUUAAGGAUGACAAGUCAGUGGAUUUUUCAGAAAACAGCAACCAUCCUCGAUUUGUGGCUUUGCAGGAAGAUAUGAUACUGUGGGAUGAUACGGUGGAAGAUGAUGAGGAAGAAUCUAGAAUUUUGAGCGUUUUAAAAGCAGAAGUGUUCAGUUGAGAUGUCGGAAGAAAGGCAAAGCGUUCAGCUGUAAACACUGUCGAAGGAAAUUUGACUCGCUUGUUCUGCUGAGAGCUCAUCGGGUCGUUCAUGUAGCGGGAGAGAAAACCUUCAGCUGCUCGCAGUGUGGUCGGCGCUUUGGCAGUAAAGGCAAUUUGGAUGUGCACUACCAGCUUCAUACUGACAAGAGCCCUUAUGUUUGCAAUCAUUGCGGCAAGACCUUCACCGAACACAAACAGCUGAUGUAUCACCAGAGGAUUCAUAACCAAGACAAGACUUUUAUGUGUAAAGUUUGUGGGAAGUCUUUUCAUCAAGCUUACAGUCUCAGGAAGCAUCUGGUCGUGCAUUCAGGAGAGAAGCUGCAUAAAUGUGACGUAUGUGGAAAGAACUUCCACUUUCGAAACAAUCUACUCCGGCACCAGAGAAUCCAUACAGGCGAGAAGCCGUUCACGUGCCAGACGUGUGGGCGAAGUUUCAACCAGCUUGAUUCGCUGAAGGCACACAAACUAACUCACACCGGCGAGAAACCGCACAAAUGCAAACUGUGCGGUCAGGGCUUUGUCCAGAAGUGGAUGCUCCGGCUGCAUGAGGGAGAGCAAACGGGACAAACCGGGCAUGGAUGCGUUGUAUGCGGGGAGGUUUUGGGUUGCGUAAACGCCCUGAAAACGCAUCUCCCUAUUCAUGAGGGAGAGUUUCCGGUCACCUGUACGGUGUGUGGAGAGACUCUGGGCUCUAUUAACACCUUGAAAUCUCACCAUCAUAAACAAACUGUCACUACCACCAAACACAGCUGUUGUGUGUGCGGAAAGUCUUUUCAGAGUGUUGCCGGAAUGAGAACUCAUGAGAUGAUUCAUACAGGAGAGAAGCCCUAUUGCUGCUCAGUGUGUGGGAAAACAUUUCGGCAGCAGAAUUGCCUUAAGGCUCACCAGACCUUGCAUACCGGCGAAAAACCUUUUAAUUGCGACGUGUGUGGAAAACGUUUUCGCACAUUGGGAAAUCUCCGUCGACAUCAGCGCAUACACACCGGAGAAAAGCCGUUCAGAUGUGCCACAUGCGGGCGGGAAUUUAACCAGUCAAAUUCACUCAAAGCUCACAUGCACGUUCACACUGGGGAGAAGCAAUAUGUGUGUGACAAGUGUGGGAAGUGUUUUGCUUAUCUAAGAAAUCUGAGGUCCCAUAAAUGUGUAUAGAUUUAAAGGGAUUGUUCACCUGAAAAUUGUCAUCGUUUACUCUUGAUACAGCUUUCUUUUCUUUAUUUUUUUCUUUUAAAAACAACCCUCUUUGGACCCCAUUGACUUCUGUGUUCUGGAGAAAGAAGGAAAAUCGUACAGGUUUGGAGAGGCAGGUGGGUGAGUAAUCGAUGACAGAAUUUACAGUUUUGGGAAAACUAUCUCUUUUAAGUUACACAGUUAAACUGUUCCAGACAGGAAUAUGUGUGUCUUAAUAGGGAUCUGUGAGCUUUGUUAAUAUGCAGAUGAUUUUUUCAGUUCUUCAGUUUGAUAUAAAUAUUUCAGUACAUUAGUUUCCUUCAAAAAUCUGUUUAAUGUAGAAAAUUAUCUUCAAAUUUAUGUGAAAUAAACUGUAAAGCUCUUUGUUAUGACAAAUAAAUCAAAGUCAUCAGAUUA